AUGGCGACCGUCGCCGCGAGAACGGCGGUGAUCUCCGCGCGCGCGCCCGCGGCGCCGGCGCGCCCGCGCGCGGCCUCGACCGUCGUCGUCUCGCGUCGUCGUCGCGGUCGCGCUCAUCAGAUCCGAAACACGACUCCAUCACGUCGUCGUCGCGUCGUCGUCGUCGCCUCCGCGUCCGCGUCCGACGUCGACGCGCCGUCGUCGUCCUCGUCCCCGUCGUUCGACCCGCCGUGGUCCGAGCCCGGGUACAAAAACGCGGUCGUCAGCGCGAUGCCCGCGCCCGCGCAGGCCGCGAGCGUCGCCGCCGCGUGGAGCGGGCUCGGCUUCGCGACGUGGCUCGUCUGCGCGGUCGUCGGCCCGUUCACGGAGCAACACUUCCCCGGAUACAUCGCGUGGAGCCGCGCGACGUGGCCGAUCCUCGGGCUGACGUACGUCGCCGCGGGCGCGGCGCACUUCGCGCUCCCGGAGGGGUUCGACGCGAUGGUCCCGCACCGCGGCGCGUGGGGGUUCUGGUACCUCCCGGGGUCGAAUCGCUUCCACGUCGAGUGGACGGGCGUCGCGGAGAUCGCGGGGGGCGUCGGCGUCGCGUCCGCGCUCCUGCCGAUUGACGGGAUCCCGGCGUGGCUGACCCCCGCCGCGGCGUACGGGCUGUUUCUGCUGACGAUCGCGGUGACGCCCGCGAACACGUACAUGUGGACGCACAACAGCCCGGGGCCGCUGCCGCCGGACGCCACGGAGGAGAUGCAGGCGCGUUUUCGUCUGGUUUCGACGCUGCCGUGGCAAGGGCACCUCGCGCGGGGGGGGUUGCAGGUGCUCUUGCUGUCCAUCAUGUGGGGGCUCGCGCACCCGCCGUCGUGA